ACACACAAUAUUAAAAUGGCAGAAUCAACCUCAGCUCCCCCUCUCUAUUUAUACAAAUGCAAAUGCUCUGCUUCUUUCCACAAGCGGCUCUCUUCUUCAAUGGCUACUUCUCCUGCUUUUAAAACAAUAGAGGAAUGCAACGCCGAAGGACGGACAAACCAGACGGUGGCCGCCGAACUAGACGGCGGCCUACUCAUAUCUCGCAGAGCUUUCCCUUACUACAUGCUGGUAGCCAUGGAAACAGGGAGCCUCCUCCGCGGCCUCCUUCUCCUCGCUUCAUUCCCCUGCGUUUACUUCAUUAGUCUCCUCUUCUCGGAGGCUUUGGCCAUAAAAGCUUUAAUCUUUAUUGCCUUCGCCGGGCUGAAGAUUAGAGACAUAGAGAUGGUGGCGCGGUCUGUGUUGCCGAGAUUCUACGCCGACGACGUCCACCCGGAGGGGUGGAGAGUUUUCAGCUCCUUUGGGAAGAGAUAUGUUGUUACGGCGAAUCCAAGAAUACUCGCGGAACCAUUUGCGAAGGCGUUUGUAGGGGCGGACGAGGUGGUCGGAACGGAGCUUGAGGUUAGUAGAUGGGGAAGAGCGACUGGGUUUGUGAAUAAAUCGGGAGUUCUGGUCGGAGAUAGAAAGAAGAAGGCGGUGGAGCGGAUGCUCGGCGGUCAAUCACUGAACGUCGGCAUAGGAUGCGGUGAGGCGGAUCAUGGAUUCAUCUCCCUUGGCAAGG